UAGCACUGCCUUAUGCCACUGCUCCAGCAAUAAAUAUUUUCAGUCGGGAUUCAAACGUGGUGCGGUUAGCAACAACAAAACAAGUUUCUCGUUCUCUGUUAGCGCCAAAUCCACAUUUCUACUCUUUGGUGUGGUUUCUAAUAUUCUUGCAACACUUGUUUUUACUGUUGUUGUGAUUGCAACGUUGACCUCUUGUUCGUCUUCAUUUGGUCUCUUGAAAAAGAGUCAGUUUAACAGCAACAGGAUGGUGGGAGAGAAUGUUGAUGUCGGUUCGAAGAGGAGGGAACACGAGGACGACGCUACAAUCCCGUUGAAAUCAACUGGACAGAAAUUAUCGAGCUCUGCAUGCGAUGAUGACAACACGACCCCCAGUUCUGAUUUUUCAGCAUCAAAAUUCGUAUACGUUUUGGCUUUCUUUAGCGCCAUUGGGGGUUUCCUUUUCGGCUACGAUACUGGCGUCGUAUCCGGUGCCAUGCUCAUAAUCCGGAAAGAAAUGGAAUUGAGCAAUGCAUGGCAUGAAGCCAUCGUGUCAGCCACCAUUGCAGCAGCUUGGAUCUUUUCAUUAUUUGGUGGCUACCUUUCUGAUCGAUUGGGUCGUAAACCUGUCAUCCUCGCUGCUAGCGUCGUUUUCACCAUCGGAUCCGUCGUGAUGGGAGCUGCCGAUGGCAAAGAAGGGCUACUAGCUGGGCGCAUCAUUGUCGGCGUUGGAAUCGGUUGGAUGUCGACGACCGUGUCCGUCUACAUAGCGGAGGCAAGUCCAGCACAUCUUCGUGGCCGUCUGGUAGCCUUCCAGAGCGUCUUGAUAACGAUGGGACGUUUCUGCGGAGCGCUGGCAUCUGCCGUGGCGUUCACACUUUAUCCGCCCGUCACCGGACGGAAACAGCCCGUCCUGAUGAUGACAACUGAUUUGCUAACGGCCACCAAAGCUGCUGGAGCUCAUCUUUCUCAUUCUCACCAUCAGUCGCCAUUCCGUCUUCAAUGGCUGGACGUCUUGAAUUUCUCCAGCCGCAGGUACAUGUUGGGCAUUGCAGCAAUUCCGGCUGUGAUCCAGUUUGUUGGUUUCCUGCUGAUGCCCGAAAGUCCACGCUGGCUCUUUAGCCAUGGCAAGCCGGAAGAAGCACGCAAAGUUUUGCAACGCAUUCGUGGACCGUGCCACAACAUCGAUGAUGAACUGGAAGCUAUUAAAGCCUCGGUGGAAGAAUCGGAGCGUGAACUUGGGUACCGACGACAGAGAGGCCAGACAGCCAAUGUCAUCAUUCAAAUCCUUCAAAGUCCGCCCGUCCGUCGGGCACUUUUCCUCGGCUGCUUGUUGCAAAUGUUCCAGCAAAUCGCAGGCAUCAACACGGUCAUGUAUUACAGCGCCACCAUUAUUCAAAUGGCCGGAUUCUACGAUACGGCUAAAGCGAUUUGGCUCUCGGCACUGGUGGCUUCCGUCAAUUUCAUUUGCACUUUUCUCGGCAUCUAUUUGGUGGAGAAAGUCGGCCGGCGUCGACUCACGCUCGGUUCCCUAUUGGGUGUCAUUUUGUCCUUGGCUUUCCUAGCCGUCGGAUUCAUGAUUGUUGAUUCUAAUGGCUACGCCGUGACGGAAUUCUAUCACGACAAGACCGAUCUCUGCAAUUCAGCUUCGGAAUGCAACGAAUGCAACUCCAUCAUCGAUUGCGGAUUCUGUUUUAUGGACAAUCCAGCCAACGGCGGUGUCUUGAAAGGUUCUUGUCUUUUAAGCAAAGAGAAUUCCACAUUUCUAUCAGACUACGGACCGUGUAGUAAUCUUUCCAGCACGGCCGGAUUUGCUGGUAGCGCUGCCGCUGGCCAAUCGCCAUUCAUUUAUGCCUAUGGGUGGUGUCCAUCACCCCAUGGCUGGAUCACCGUCUUGGGAUUGAUGACUUAUCUCCUCUUUUUCGCUCCAGGAAUGGGACCAAUGCCUUGGACCAUCAACGCCGAAAUUUAUCCAUUAUGGGCGAGAAGCACUUGCAACAGCAUUGCCACGUCGACUAAUUGGUUCUUCAAUUUCCUUGUUUCCAUGACGUUUUUGACAAUUACCGAAAUCCUAACACGUCAAGGUGCUUUCAUUUUCUACUGCGCUCUAUCCACCGUCGGUCUACUCCUCUUUUGGUGGCUCCUACCGGAAACUAAAGGUCGGACACUGGAAGAGAUGGAAGUCGUUUUCAGCCGCCCGAGGAGUUGCCCGAUGCCUUGGGAAAGCUGGACAAACAAAAAAUCUAAAACGGGUGAUAUCGCAGCAAGUCCAGACAGUGGUCCCGAAUCCAGCAAAAAUGUCCAAUUCCACGAUUCGAGUCAAAUUUGAAUCAACGACAUAUCUCCCUACCACAGGUAUCUACCGAGAGCUUGAAAAAUUAUACAAAACGCAUGCGAGUACCGAGUUACAAAAAAAAAGAAGCCAAAAAAUCAUCAAGGCCAGAAGAACUCGUGCAAAACCCCACAAACACAAAGAAACCAGAUAUAUUCACUCCAAUUGUUUUUACUUCAUAAAACCGACUGCAACAUUUCUUGAUUUAUUUUCUGUUUGAUUUUGUUAUAUGUGCAUCGUGAAAACCACAAUUUUUGUUUUCAAUUUUUCAAAAUGUGCUUGUCAAGUUUGUGUGUCUCUUUCUGUUUCCCGUUCUUUGCUUUCCAUUUCAAACGUGACGACAUUAUUUUAUGAUCAGUGUGAUUGUGUUUCAACGUUUGUCGCCAAGACUAAAAAAAUUUCGAGAUUUAUAAACGAGAGAUCCCCAUGCAAAAGAAAAAACUCGUUUUCAUUCUCAAUUACGGCUGCAACAAUUUAAUAUACUACGACGGUCUGUUAACCGUAAACCUGA